AGCAUGAAUACGACCGGAAAUGUAGGGUGUUUGUAACUAAAUCAAAAACGUAAAAAUAAUUAUUUGAGAAAACACCAACAAACUUACCUUAACACAUUUUAUCCAUGUGUGUCAUCUGAUAUUAGCCAUAUAGUAGUUUAAUAAGAUUUUUAUUUUGUUUCUUAAAUCGGAAGCUGUCAUCGUUAACUUGACGCUGGUCAACAACAGCUGCAUUGUAGAAACCAGGCUGAAGGAUUUGGCGAAGUGACAUGCACGUCAACCUACCUGUAUGAGGUUCGGAAAGUUGUGUGUGUGUGUGCGGUGCUGUCCGCUGCUCGUCCAGCAGUGUGCUGCCGUCUCUGAAUAGGAGCACCAUGGCAAUGUGGAUCCAGGCCCAACAGCUGCAGGGUGAGGCCUUGCACCAGAUGCAGGCGCUGUAUGGCCAGCACUUCCCAAUCGAGGUGCGACACUACCUGGCCCAGUGGAUUGAAUGCCAGCUCUGGGAUUCAGUGGAGUUGGACAACCAAGCAGAGGAAGCCAAAGCUAAGCGUCUGCUGGACAACCUGGUGGCCGAGCUGCAGAAGAAAGCCCAGCUACAGGGAGGAGAGGACGGCUUUCUGCUGAAGAUCAAGCUGGGCCACUACGCCAACCAGCUCAAGAGCACUUAUGACUGCUGUCCUUUGGAGCUGGUGCGCUGCAUUAAACACAUCCUGCACUCAGAGCAGAGGCUGGUUCAAGAAGCUACAAAUGCCAGCACUGGUAGUGGGGUGCAGGCCAUGGACAGCCUGUCACAGCGACACCAGCAGAUCAACCAGGCCUUUGAGGAGCUCCGUCUGGCCACACAGGAGACUGAGAAUGAACUGAGAAAGCUGCAGCAUAGCCAGGAAUAUUUCAUCAUCCAGUACCAGGAGAACCUGCGCAUCCAGGCCCAGUUGAGCAGCCUGUCUUCCCUGACUCCAGCUGAGCGCACCCAGCGGGAGACCACCCUACAGACCAAGAGGGCCACUGUGGAGGCCUGGCUCACCAGAGAGGCCAUCACACUCCAGAAAUACAGGCUUGACCUGUCGGAGCAACACCAGAAGACCCUGGCCCUGCUGAGGAAGCAGCAGAAUCUGAUCCUGGAUGAGGAACUCAUCCAAUGGAAGAGAAGGCAGCAGCUGGCUGGCAACGGGGGUCCUCAUGAAGGGGGGCUGGAUGUCCUCCAGUCUUGGUGUGAGAAGCUGGCUGACCUGAUCUGGCAGAACCGGCAGCAGAUCCGACGCUGUGAACAUCUAACCCAGCAGCUUCCUCUGCCGGGUCCAAUGGAAGAGCUGCUGAGCAAACUCAACGCUGACAUCACUGAUAUCAUCUCCGCCCUAGUUACCAGUACCUUCAUAAUUGAAAAGCAGCCGCCCCAGGUUUUAAAGACCCAGACCAAGUUUGCAGCCACAGUGCGCCUUCUGGUGGGCGGGAAGCUCAACGUCCACAUGAAUCCACCCCAGGUCAAGGCUGUCAUUGUAAGCGAGCAGCAGGCCAAAGCUCUGCUGAAGAAUAAGAGCACACACAGUGAAAGCAGUGGAGAAAUCCUGAACAACAACUGUGUAAUGGAGUAUCACCAGGCCACUGGCACCCUCAGUGCACAUUUCAGAAACAUGUCACUGAAGCGGAUCAAGCGUUCGGACCGUCGAGGUGCAGAGUCAGUGACGGAGGAAAAGUUCACAGUUCUGUUUGAAUCACAGUUCAGCGUCGGGGGCAACGAGCUGGUCUUCCAUGUCAAAACCUUAUCACUGCCUGUGGUAGUGAUCGUCCACGGCAGUCAGGACAACAAUGCCACAGCCACUGUCCUGUGGGACAACGCCUUUGCGGAGCCGGGCAGGGUGCCGUUCAUCGUGCCAGACAAGGUGCAGUGGCCCCAGCUGUGUGAGGCCCUCGAUAUGAAGUACAAGGCAGAGAUGCACAGUGGGCGUGGCCUCUCAGAAGAUAACAUGGUCUUCCUGGCACAGAAAGCUUUCACAAGCAGCAGUAACAACCCUGAGGACUUUCGCAACAUGACUAUGUCCUGGGCCCAGUUCAACCGGGAGAGCUUACCUGGACGCAACUUUACCUUCUGGCAGUGGUUUGAUGGAGUCGUAGAGCUCAUGAAGAAACAUCUCAAGCCUCACUGGAAUGAUGGCGCCAUCCUGGGCUUUGUAAACAAGCAGCAGGCACAGGACAUGCUGCUGUCCAAACCCAACGGCACCUUCCUGCUGCGAUUCAGUGACUCUGAGAUUGGAGGCAUCACCAUCGCCUGGGUGGCUGAGAACCCGAACAAAGCAGGUGAGAGGCUGGUCUGGAAUCUGUUGCCUUAUACAACCAAGGACUUCUCCAUUCGUUCCCUGGCUGACCGCAUCAGUGACCUGAACCACCUUCUAUUUCUCUACCCUGACCGGCCCAAAAACGAGGUUUUCGCCAAGUACUACACCCCUCCACUCUCAAAAGCAGUGGAUGGAUAUGUCAAACCACAGAUCAAACAAGUUGUGCCAGAAUUCACAACGCCGAACCCUGAACCCAGUGGAGGAACUACGUUCAUGGACCAAACAGCUUCUCCCUCUGUGAGCCACCCAAACAACUUUGGUGUCUACCCUUCUAUGAGUGACACCAUGUUGGAUGCAGAUGGAGACUUUGACCUGGAGGACACGAUGGACGUGGCCCGCCACGUGGAGGAGCUGCUCCGCAGGCCUAUGGUCAACCAGUGGAGCAGUCCGCCGUCGGGAACCUGAAACCUGAACCUACUGCACACCUUCAGGUCUUCUCCAUCUUCUCCAACAGCCAUAACUGCAACCAAGGCAAAACAUCUCCUGUGUUAAUCAGUCACUCUGUCAGAUCCACAUCACAAUUGAGUUUUAUACUUGCCAUCGUGUCUCUGUAGAGAAAGUAAACCUACCAUCAAAAGUCAAUGUUACCGACAUUUGACAGAGGCAGGUUGUUCAUGUUCUCUCCCCGUUUCUCAGGGUUAACGUGUUAAGUUGGUUUGGCUCAAUGGGUUUUAGACAAAAAGACAUGUUAGGUAAGGUUUUAGCUAAGCUUUGCAAUUUAUAUAUGCCUAAUGAGCUUUUAGCUGGCAAGGGGAGACUUUUGCAUUUUAAAAAUAGAGUAGACAAAGUUGCUUAUCUUAAAAAUAAUUUUAACAAGGAUGAGUUUAUUGCUUUUUAAGUUGUUGUAAGAGAAUGAUUUGAUUUUUUUUCUUUUAAAUGUUACAUAGUCUGGUUUUAUGUACUGAAAAUGGAAUUUUAAGUCUGUCAUUGCUAUUGUUGCGUUCGUGGUGGUGCUUUUUGUAUAAUAUUUUAUAUAACCGCCAAUGUCAUUGUUCUACCCUGAUUUAAAGCAAAAUUUUCAAAUGUCAUAGAUGCCAUAUUUAGUCUCAUAAAGUCGAUAACUGCUUAUUGAUUUUAACACUUCCACAAAUCAGUUUUUUUGUCAGUUGAGUCUGGUAUACUAUGAUCAUUUUAAGUGAUAUGAUAUUUUUUUAAGUGAUAUUUUGUCAUUAUUUGUACCUUACAUAAUAUCCUAAUAUCCAUUAGAACAUGGAAUGCAUCCUAGGGGCAGUAAAUAUUGGCACAUUAAAAUGGCAAAAUCAUUCUCACUUACCAAUGUCAGAUCAGUUACAUGUUACUGUACCUGAAUUUACUAAAUACAGAUGUUGUAGGCUAGUAAAUGCUCGGUGCCUUGGUGAAUGCUUAGCCUGGAAAUCAGACCAAUGUACCAGCUCAUGUGUCAUUUGCUCUGCCAGAUUCGUCGGGUUAUUCAAACAGAUUUUUGAAGAGCAACUGGACGGACCAAUCACAACCGUUUAUCUCACAUGGGGCGGGUUUAAAACGUCAUGCUUGAAUGCAGUUACAGAACGUAACCGUCAUUCUCCGUCCAAAACAGACCAAGCUCCGCCCUAACUUUCACGUGUCGCUCAGAGCAAUGUUGAUUUUGUUUUGCGCCGAUUGGUUGUAGGUCUAUUCAAUCCCGUCUAGAGGCAUUUUGGUUUGCUUCGUUGAUAAUGCCCCUUGAAAAUUGAAAAAGAAGUGAGAGGUGCAUUUGCUUAUUAGUCUGGCUAUGCCAGGCUAGAAUGUUUGUCCAACAUUUUAGAGAUUUGUUUUGGUCGUUUCAAUUUGAAGCGUGGAAAUAUUGAAAAGAUCCCUGACAGUCACCAGUUUUUACUGCCAUUUGUUUACUCAAAGUACUUAGAAAGUACUGAUUAAUUUAAUUUGUGUUGAAGGUGUACUCCAGUGAUUUAGUGUUUCACUUUCAUAAAGUUGGGGGAUUCAGGAGAGGCAUAUCUUUUUUUAAAGUUGUGAAAAUUUAUUUACCAUUGAUUGCCAAAAUUUCCCGACUUUAGUCCUUUGUGUAGAUCAAGCUCCGAAAACAAUGGAUAAUGCAACUCGGUGGCAUCUCUCUCCCCGGCAUGCCCAGGUCUUUCAAACUCUACAA